GGGAAAUGUGAGUGAUGGCAGGGAAGGUAGAGGGGACAGGGACAGGGUUGGGUGGUCCACGUGCUAUGCCCUGACAACCAGCCCCGGAACUUGGCCCGAAUCUUGAAAAUUCUCAUCACGUGUAUUCAUCACCUCACAAGCCAAAUAUCGCGAGGUUCAGAUUUUAUCUUUUAACGUUCUCGGGCCUCUAUCUAGCUUCGCAUAGCGCGUUUUUCUCAGCAUCACAGAUAGCCACUGCGCGGUUAUGCAUAAUUCAAGGAGACGACCUGCAGCCCGACAAACCGUCAUUCCUCAUGGGCCUCGGUCGACAAUACCACCAUCAUGGAGAGAUCAGCAACGAGAAAAAGAGACUAUGAAACGCCGAGAUGCCGCUAACCAAGCUCGUCAGGAGGCCAAAGAUAAUGCACUAAAAGUACACUUGCAACCUGUUCCAGGUUCCGCGAUACUCAUUGAAGGACUUCCGUUUGAUGCAUUACCUGGAGAACUUGAGGAGCUUUUUGCAACGACGGUUGGAUAUGUAGUGGACGCGUAUCUUCUGUAUAAUGACAAAGGCUAUCCCAAGGGGAAGGGAUAUGUCCAGUUCAGUCAUCCUUCUGACGCAGCUUUAGCACGAAGGAAAUACCAUGGUCGAGUCAUUGAUGGACGCUCUCCGAUUCGCGUGAGACUCGUUAUCGACACUGAAGAGCCAGAGUUUCCUCGCGGUGGCCUGAAUGGAGCCACCCAGCCGCGUAGCUUAGCCGGCCGUAUCCAUCCUCAACCAACACAAAAUGUCAACGCCCCUCCGCCUCUUCGCCUCUCCCAACGUUUGGGCCCCCCUGUGGCCUCGCCUCUCCCAAUUCAACGCCUUCCCCCAACGCCUUCGGCCGUGGCUUUAACACUUCGAUCCAACACUACCUACAUCAACCAACCACUUCGAGCCCGCGUGAAGAAAGGUCCCAGACGUACGGCAAAACGGGCCCAGAGACUCGCAUUGGCGCGUGACCGUCCAGCGGUUGCUGCCGAUCUUGAUGCCGAUUUGGAUAAAUACAUGAGUAUGACUCAGACUGGACUUCUGCGAUGAUGAUCGGACAACGGAUCUCAAUCUUUUUGUGCAUAUCUUUAUCAUUUCUUGUUGCAACAUAGCUUUGUCAAUGCAUUAGAUGUCGCUGAGG